AUGCAGGUGGGACUCCGGCCGCGGUUGAGGCCACGGCCGUCACUGGUUGAGCUGUUGGUUCGAGCUGGAGCUGGACCUGGAGAGCGACAACCCCCUGAAGCCCCAGCAGACGUGCCCCCGCCGCCCGCAGGAGCAGGCACUGGAACAGGCGCUGCAUCAUCGCCUCCACUCUUGUUCCUCUCGGCGGGCACCGCCCCGGCAUCCGACCGGCAGCUCCUUGCCGUUCUGGAUCGAGCUGCAAGCGUCCCGCUUCCACCAUCGCCCGACAAACCAGCACGACCUCGAUCUCCACCAUCACUUCCAGCAGCACCACCGCCACUACCGCUUCUUCCCCCAUCCGUUCUACCAUCGCCGUUGCUGACCCUCACGACCCCCGACGACAACGACGACGACGACCCAGACGGCCGCCCCGCCACGACGACAACAAUUACGAUUACUGCUGACCCUGCACCAACCCCUCCUCGCGGUGCAAUUACUUCGUCGCCCGGCAUGGCCCCUUCGAAACCAGACAGUGGCGAUGAUGGCUUCCACACAGGCAAGAUCUACUCGGUCUCCGGGCCUGUGGUGGUUGCCGAGGAUAUGGCCGGUGUUGCCAUGUACGAGCUGGUGAAAGUAGGCCACGACCAACUGGUCGGCGAAGUUAUCCGGAUCAAUGGCGACCAAGCAACCAUCCAGGUGUACGAAGAAACAGCCGGUGUUACCGUUGGCGAUCCCGUAUUGCGCACUGGCAAACCUCUAUCCGUCGAGCUUGGCCCUGGUCUCCUGAACAACAUCUACGACGGUAUCCAACGGCCCCUCGAGAAGAUCUCGGACAUCUCCAAGAGCAUUUACAUUCCUCGCGGCAUCGUCGCCCCCGCCCUUGAUCGUGAGAAGAAAUGGGACUUCACUCCGACCCUCAAGGUUGGCGACCACAUCUCAGGCGGUGACGUAUGGGGUACCGUCUACGAGAACUCGUUCAUCUCGACCCACAAGAUCCUGCUGCCGCCCCGCGCCCGCGGUACCAUCACUCGCAUCGCCGACAAGGGCAGCUACACCGUCGAUGAGAAGAUCCUCGAGGUCGAGUUCGACGGCAAGAAGUCUGAGUACGGCAUGAUGCAGACCUGGCCUGUGCGCGUGCCGCGCCCUUCAACGGAGAAGCACUCGGCCAACCAGCCCUUCAUCGUCGGACAACGCGUGCUCGACGCCCUGUUCCCGUCCGUCCAGGGUGGCACUGUCGCUAUUCCUGGAGCUUUCGGCUGCGGCAAGACUGUCAUUUCGCAGUCUGUCUCCAAGUUCUCCAACAGUGAUGUGAUUGUCUACGUUGGGUGCGGCGAGCGUGGAAACGAGAUGGCCGAAGUCUUGAAGGAUUUCCCUGAACUCACCAUUGAUGUCGACGGCCGCAAAGAGCCCAUCAUGAAGCGCACUACCCUGAUUGCUAACACCUCCAACAUGCCCGUCGCUGCCCGUGAAGCCUCCAUUUAUACUGGAAUUACGGUAGCCGAAUAUUUCCGCGAUCAGGGUAUGGACGUCGCCAUGAUGGCCGACUCGUCGUCCCGCUGGGCCGAAGCCCUGAGAGAACUGUCGGGUCGUCUCGGUGAAAUGCCCGCUGAUCAGGGUUUCCCCGCCUACCUGGGCGCCAAGCUGGCCUCCUUCUACGAGCGCGCCGGUAAGGUCCAGACCCUCGGCAGCCCCGAACGCGAGGGUAGUGUCAGUAUCGUGGGUGCCGUGUCCCCGCCCGGUGGUGAUUUCUCCGACCCCGUCACAGCCUCCACACUCAGUAUCGUCCAGGUGUUCUGGGGUCUGGACAAGAAACUGGCCCAGCGCAAACACUUCCCUUCCAUCAACACCUCGCUCUCCUACAGCAAGUACACGACCAUCCUUGAUAAGUGGUAUGAGAAGGAGUACCCAGACUUCCCGCGUCUCCGCGAUCGCAUCCGCCAGCUGCUGUCCGACAGCGAGGAACUCGACCAGGUUGUGCAGCUCGUCGGCAAGUCGGCGCUGUCCGACCCGGACAAGAUCACGCUCGACAUGGCUACGCUGCUCAAGGAGGACUUCUUGCAGCAGAACGGUUACUCGGACUACGAUCAAUUCUGCCCGAUCUGGAAGACCGAGUGGAUGAUGAAGCUCAUGAUGGGGUUCCAUGACGAAUCGCAAAAGGCCAUCGCCCAGGGCUUGUCGUGGGCCAAGGUGCGCGAGGCUACCCAGGAGUUGCAGUCGCAGCUGCGCAGUCUUAAGUUUGAGGUGCCGAGCGAAGGAGAGGAGGUCAUUUGCAAGAAGUAUGAGGCAAUACAGCAGAGCAUGCUGGACAAGUUUGCGUCGGUUGUUGAUGAGUAA